AUGAGCGCAGAUAUUUCUCCUACAGUAGACUUACAGAAAUCCUCGGUCGACAUAGCUCGACGUCUCUCUUGCCUCCAGUAUUUUCUAUCUGCAGCAGGAGAGCUUCUCACUUGUAGUAGACUGGCUUUAUCUGAAUUUAAGCGACAUGGCAAAAAGAUAAUUGCUUUGAUGGAGAUUGCACGCACAACCCUCACUCGUGCUGGCUUGAAACUUCAUCUUUUUACGUCUUGUUCCGCAUCUUUUCUGCCGUAUAAAUCAGUUUAUUUCAAACUGCUCUUGUUAUUACGAUUCAAACGGAAUAAUUUUACCGCUGAUCUUCAAGGUCGACUAAAAAGAUUGCUACUUCCUUUAUCUACGCGACUGGUCAUCCGAUGCAAAAUCGAUCCAUACUCUCAGCUAGGCUUAGACGAGUCUCUGAUAAAAGCAGGAAGUUGCCCUUCGCAGAGACAAUGGACACUACCUGGCUCGUCUGGCACAACUUCCACAGCAAGAAAACAUGAAGUACCCGAUAAAGUCAUGCUCCCACCGGAUGCCUUCCCGGUCGAUUCUGAGCAAGGUGAUAGCAGGAAUCGAACUUCUACGAAAUUCUUAUACGGUACAUCAACAGCUCGAUCUCGCCCCGUUCACCGGCAACAUCCCAAUCGUGAAACAAAGCUAUGGGAUAGCGGGACCGAAAAUUCGCCACCAGCAGUGCGAUCAGGUCCGUUCCCAGGUCGCCGUAAUUUUGGCAUAUUCUGCGGGGGGAGAAAGACUGGAUUCCAGUCUCGAGGGCAGAUACGGUUUUCUUCAGCAAAGGUCACUGGGAGGGAUUGA